AUGCGAGUAUCACGGCCGUCGUUCAACCCCGGGCGGACAAAAAACAUCAUUCAUGGCGUACAAGCCUUCAUCAUCUUCCUCGCAUGGGCUUUGACCAUUGCCGUUUUCACAAAAGGUGAUGGCAUCGAUGGACGGUCGGCCUGGUACUGGGCUUUGUGUUGGUUCAGUAUUCCCGGUCUGAUCUACCUUGUCGCAGUGCCCAUGUGGCCACGCGCACGACGGUUCGGAAACGUCUAUGCUUUUGCGACGGUUGAUUGUCUGUAUGCCAUCCUCUGGUUCGCUGCGUGGGUUGCCGUCGCAAGCUAUGUGGCGCAGGGGAAGUCUUUGGGCAAGGACGACAAACAAGAUGAUAAAAAUGAUAAAGAUAAAGAGAAGAAGAGUGGGUGCGAUGCAUGGAGGUACGGGAGCGCGGCCAAAUGCAAUAUUAGCACGGCUACCGUGAUCCUCGGUGUUGUUAUUUUCCUGUUGUUUCUUGCGACCGCUUGGAUGUCCUUCCGCAAUGUCAUGCAUUUCCGCCGAACCGGCACCCUUCCCGACGCCGUUUCCGACCCCACGUUUGCUGCUCAGAGCAAGGCUGCCUUCUCCUCGAACCCCGCGCAUGACUUUGAGGAAGAGGAGGAUGAUUUCCGGUCCGGACGUGCUGGCAUGGGCGGCUCGGUUCGCAGCGAUCGGGACGAGGAUUACGCCCUCCUGCACCAAAGCGAGGUCGAUGACCUCGGCAACCCUAACGGACGUUCCGCCUUGCAUGGUGCUUACGAUCCCACUGCGCCCGGGUCCGGAAGCGUGCUGCACGACUACAGCACCAGCUACGGGGGCGCGCAUGGGCAACACUAUGGCCAACCGUCUGAAUUUGGGUCCACUGUGAGUGGCUACGGACGCUGA